AUGUCCAAGUCCUACAGGCUCCGGGGCAUUCCUCCACUGAAAGGGUCCUGGUUUUCCCCUCUCUUCAUUGCUGUGGUCACUCUGGGACUUCAGUGGCCACAGGAAGCUGCCACCUUCCCGGCCAUGCCCCUUUCCAACCUGUUUGCCAAUGCUGUGCUGAGGGCUCAACACCUUCACCUCCUGGCUGCUGAGACUUACAAAGAGUUCGAACGCACCUAUAUUCCAGAGGACCAGAGACACGCCAACAAAAAUCCUCAGGCAUUCUGUUACUCAGAAACCAUUCCUGCUCCCACGGGGAAGGAUGACGCCCAGCAGAAAUCGGAUAUGGAGCUGCUUCGGUUUUCCCUGGUUCUCAUCCAGUCCUGGUUGACCCCCGUACAAUACCUAAGCAAAGUGUUCACAAACAACCUGGUUUUCGGCACCUCAGACAGAGUGUAUGAGAAACUAAAGGACCUGGAAGAAGGGAUCCAGGCUCUGAUGAGGGAGCUGGAGGACCGGAGCCCGCGGGGUCUCCAGAUCUUCAAACCAACCUAUGACAAAUUUGACAUCCACCUCCGCAACGAGGAUUCCCUGCUGAAGAACUAUGGCUUGCUCUCCUGCUUCAAGAAGGACCUGCACAAGGUGGAGACCUACCUGAAGGUGAUGAAGUGCCGGCGCUAUGGAGAAGGAAACUGCACUGUUUGA